AUGGGAGCAGUUGGAGACCCAGUUCCUGACGUAGUUCACAGUGAGCCAAAAACACUAGAAAACUUUGGCCAGCCUCAUGCAAAUGAAGACACAGGGAAACAGAGGAACCACAACAACUAUUGCGAGUUCCAUAGGGACCACAGCCAUGACACGGACAAUUGCAUCGACCUCGACAACCACAUCGAGGACCUGAUCAAGCACGGGUACCUCGGUGGAUUCGUCGACAAGAGCGAGAAGCCAGCACAAGAGGAGUCGCGCAUAGAAAAUGUUCGGCCACCACCCCGAGCUCCUCCCGCUAGCGUGAUUCAUGUGAUAUCAGGAGGGAUUGUCGCGAGAGGAGAAAGCAGCUUAGGGCGUAAGAAGUACACGCAUUUGUGCGAGAUCGACAACCAGGGACAGAAGAAGAGGCAAGACGACCCGGUCACCUUCACCGAUGACGACCUCCAAGGGGUCCAAACCCCACACAAUGAUGCCUUGGUGAUCACAACCAAGGUUGCCAACUUCGAAGUGUGGCGCAUUCUGGUUGACACAGGUAGCUGCGUCGAUGUCCUCUUUGAAGAAGCAUUCGAGAAGCUCGGCAUCGACAAGGACCACCUCACCCCCGUCAACACUCCUCUGAUGGGUUUCUCCGGGGAGUCUCUCAUGUUGACUAGGAGGAUAACCCUCCCCCUUUUGAUCGGAGAUGGCGACAUCACUGCAACGACCAUGGUGGAUUUCUUUAUAGUUUGUUGCUCCUCAUCCUACAACGCCAUCCUCGACAGGCCGACACUCAAUUCUCUAUAG